AUGGCCUCCUCUUCUAAUAUCCCAAAUGAUGAUUCUAGUGAGCCAAAUUUCGAGAACUUUUUCAAGGAAAAGUUCUCACAAUACUUUCAGCAAACGUAUGAGAAUAUGUGGACUCAAUAUGGAGAGGAGCAAGAGACUAGCAAGCCUAAGCAAAAAAGAGCUUAUGUUGAAAGAGAUCGUGAAGAAGGGCAUAAUCGAUUAUGGAAUGAUUAUUUCAGUGAUAUCCCUACAUAUCCUGAAAAUUUUUUUAGGCGAAGGUUUCGGAUGAACAAGUCUUUGUUUAUCCGUAUUGUUGAUAAACUUUCCAAUGAAGUGCGAUUCUUUCGACAAAAGAAAGAUGCUUUGGGAAGACCCGGACUAUCUCCUCUACAAAAAUGUACAGCAGCCAUCCGUCUGUUGGCAUAUGGUGGUGCAGCUGAUACGGUAGAUGAGUAUCUCAGGCUCGGGGAAACAACUGCUCGUUCUUGUUUAGAAAAUUUUGUUGAAGCAAUAAUCGACUUGUUCGGGGAGGAGUACCUACGGAGACCCACACAGGACGAUCUUCAACGUUUACUUCAUGUUGGAGAACAACGUGGAUUUCCUGGCAUGAUAGGUUGCAUCGACUGUAUGCAUUGGGAGUGGAAGAAUUGUCCAACCGCUUGGAAAGGACAAUAUACUCGGGGAGCAGGAAAACCAACUAUCGUUUUAGAGGCCGUUGCUUCAUAUGACCUUUGGAUUUGGCACGCCUUUUUUGGAUCUCCAUGUACUCUAAACGAUAUAAAUGUUCUAGAUCGUUCACCCGUAUUUGAUGAUAUCUUACACGGUAACGCCCCGCAAGUGAAUUUUUCUGUCAACGGAAGAAACUACAAUAUGGCAUACUAUCUCACCGAUGGUAUAUAUCCAAAUUGGGCAGCAUUCAUCAAAUCAAUUCCACUUCCACAGGGCGAAAAAGCCACUUUAUUUGCUGAGCGUCAGGAAGGUGUUCGAAAAGAUGUCGAACGAGCUUAUGGUGUUUUGCAAUCUCGGUUCGCCAUUGUUAAAAACCCGGCUCUUUUCUGGGAUAAAGCUAAAAUAGGUAAGAUUAUUCAAGCUUGUAUCAUCCUUCAUAAUAUGAUAGUUGAAGACGAAAGGGAUGCACGCACUCAGUAUAAUUUUUCAGAAUUUCAACAAGGAGAAGGAACUAGUAGUUCACAAGAAACUCAUGCGUUCUCAACAAAUAUGGCAACAAAUAUUCAAAGUCUGAUGGAUAAUCGGUUGAGAAAAUUUGGAGGUCGUUAA